AUGGCAUCUACAACGAAGCUACUAACAGUCAUCGCCCUGAUGUUGUCGACGGCGGCGUCGGCACAGGUUGUCUUGAAGAAGUGCUACUGUUCGGUCCAGGACCUCAGCCCAAAUGCUCCUCCAAUGGAACAGCGGGUGAAUGUCCAAUGGACCGCACAGGCGUGUGCGGACCAAGGGUAUAUGGACGGCAACGCGUGCAUCGUUGCUGCCGACCCGGUUAGAGAGGACCAUUUCCAAGAUGACUGCUUAGAACUUCCUGGCCUCUCGACCACAGGCUGCAUUUAG